AUGAUUCUAAAUUUCAUAUUGGAUUUGUUUAAUAAUUUGUAUUAAUUUACUAAAGAUCAUUUUUAAAUGAAAUUAGAAAUCCUAUGGAUGUAAAAUUAAAAAUAUAUUAAUCAAUUGUUAAAGCAAUAAUGCUCAUGUUAGUUUAUUCUGAUGUAAAUAUUAUUUUAUAUAUUAUGAUAGUUAGGAAAAUAUAAUGAAGGAUUAUAAAAUCGUUUUGGAGCACUAUUUUUCAUUUGAACAGCUAAUACUUUUGGUGGAAUUUAAGGUGCACUUCAUACAUUUUCAAUGGAAAGACCUUUAUUUUUAAGAGAAAGAAUAAAUAAAACUUAUAGUGUACAUUCAUUCUUUUGGGCAAGAUCUUUGA